ACGGGUGAGGCAAUGUGGUUAGAAUGAGGAACACGUGCUUUCGCGUUCUCGCGUUUCCGGAAUUUCCCCGCGAUCGCGUAAGUACACCUUCUCCACACUCUACAGUACUUCUGCCGCACUGUCAAAGUUCCCCUCCUCUCGAGUCACUCACAUUCAAUCUCGCGCCAACAUGUCCCGUGAAGAGUCACCCUUUGUACGCGCUCCUGCCGAAAGCGAGGACUACAGCUCGAUCCAUCGCGCGUUCCUACAAGCCUUCCAAACGCACAGCGUCCUCACAGUGGAUCAAAUGAAAGCUAUCCUAGCUCAUGUGAUGACUGCAUACAACCCCGAACGCCCAUGGACAGAAGGCGACGUGACCCAACCCUACAUCACCUCCACCAUCCAGACCAUAAAUGCCAAAAUCGAAGCAUUCGACUACGAGAUCCGAUCAACUCGCGAUCAGCAGAGCAAAGAUAGCAUAUAUGCCCUUGUCAACAAUGCCAGCGAUGCCGUCACUCAACUCGCUACUACUUUCUCCGCAAACGAAAUCGCCUACAUAAGACGCGUCCUUGACCACAUGUUCGAAACCAACAACACCAACAUCCGCGAAGUCAUGGCCAUAAAACACACCGAAGCCUCGCAGCUCGCCCGUCUUUCACGCAGAAAUAGGCAAAGUCAGGCAGCCAGCAGACAAAGUCAGAUCAAUGGCGAUGUGGAAGAUUCACAAGCCAACACCGACACAGGCAUUUCCAUUGCGGAAGCCGAUCUCGUCCUGGAAACCCUUGUCAAGGAAGCCUUCUUUCAAAAGUCGAGAAAAGGUUACUAUUCUCUUGCCCCACGCGCACUGAUGGAACUGCGUGCUUACCUUAAGGAGACGUACAAUGAGUCUGCUGAGGAAAACGAAGAUGGGCGCGAAGUCAUCAGGAUCAGGGACUGUGAGGGAUGCAGGGAGAUUGUCACAAUUGGCAUCCGGUGCAACAAUCGAGAAUGUGGUGUCAGGUGGCACGAUGCGUGCGCGAACAGUUACUAUAGGAGCAGAAGAGGCAGCAGAGUAUGCCCUCGAUGUAAGACAGAAUGUUCGGGAGAUGUGUUUGUGGGAGAGCGAGCGGCUGGGACGGAUGGAAGAGCGAGCACAGGCGGCAAUCGGCGCAGCACGCAGAACAGAGACGAGGAGGACGAGGACGAAGAGGAAGAUGAGUGAAGGCGCGGGCUGAGAGAUUAUAGCACUAAUACCAAGAUACCCAUGAGUUCUCCGGCGUUAGACUCCAUCACAACUUUGUACAUGCGGAAAAACUUGUUUGGUUCCAUCAUAUAUUUCAUCAAUUGAUCGUAAAUCAGUCCCUAUCAUCACACCCAUAUUCCUUUCUGUCUGAACUUUUCCCAACGCCAGAUAUCCCCAUACUAUAUACACAGUCCUGAUCAAUGCUCAUCUCAAUACAGAUGUUUAGUGUACACCGUUAGACUUGGUCUUG